ACGGAAAAAGUUUAUGUUUUAGACGCUAUUUACAUAUCAGGCUAUCAUUUUUACCUUUUAAGCGUUCUCUGAUUAUGUUGUAUCUGCUGCAGUAAUUUUCAUUUGGUGUUUGUACCCUUUUCUGAGGGCUUUAGAUUGCGCCGUGACUGUAAACUCCCAGAAUGAUGUGAUAUGACAAGUUCCACAUUUCAGACCUAUUUUGAUGGUGUUUUAAUUAUUAUAUUACAUAAAACUUUUUUUUCUAAUUGAUAUCCUUCUAUGGUCUGUUCCAUAUCAAGCUCUUGCUAUUGAAGUUCCUUCGGCAGCUCGCUCCUCUGUUCAAUAUUUUGUGCCUUUGAACGUCAGGGCUGUACAUAGGUACAGAAAUCACGCACUGCUUUCAGCGGGGCACUUAAGCUGCAAGUUGAUAUUGAAGAGAGUAUAGACCGAAAUGUGAAGCCAUUGUUAACCUGAAAGAAAUAGUACCUACCAUGCACCUUAAACUUCAAUGUGGUUGCAAAUGUUACACACAAGGCCAUAACUAACAGUGUGUCAUCAAAAAGGCCCAGCCAUGGCCUCAAUAGAUUGGGCGGCGGAGAUGGAGGAGUUUGACGCCCACGGGGAGGAGCCCGUGCCACCCGAGCUGGACAUCACCGACAUCCCCCUGGUGGAGCCGUUCGCCGUGCUCGUCUCCAACGUGCCGCCGGCCGCCGAGCCCGCCGCCCUGGCGCACGCCUUCCGCGGACUCGAGAUCAAGGAGCUGGAGCUGGAGAGGGGGCCGGACGGUCGGGCGGCCGGCCGCGGCUAUGUCGAGUUCACCACCCGCGAGAUCCUCAUCGAGGCUCUGCAGAUCAAGGACCUGGAGCUGGACGGUACGAAGCUGCAGAUGGAGCUGAAGCGGGCGCCGCCACCGGAGCCCGAGCGGCCGCCCUCGGCAGACGAACAUCGCGGCGGUUACGACUCCCGCGAGCCGCCCGGUGACGUUCGCGGAGGGAACUUCGGUCCCCGAGAGCCGCCCCGCGACAUCCGCGAGGGCAACUUCGGGCCGCCGUCGCGCCACGAGCCGGGGCCCUACGGAGGUCGCUCCUCUGAUCGCCAUGACGGCCCGCCCGGCCGCGGCAUGGACAGGGGACCCCGAAGAGACGGCCCACCAGGGUACCACGGCUACGACCGGGACGACCACCGGGGUCCGCCCAGGGGAGGCGGGCCCGGCGGUUACGACAGGGGUGGCCCUGGUGGUUACGAUAAGGGUGGGCCGGGUGGUUACGAUAGAGCUGGGCCGGGAGGCUACGACAGGGGUGGGCCGGGCGGUUACGAUAGGGGUGGACCGGGAGGUUACGAUAGGGGUGGACCGGGAGGUUACGAUAGAGGGGGUCCAAGAGGAGGCCCUGGGGGCUAUGACCGUGGAGGUCCCGGCGGGUAUGACAGGGGCCGUGGCGGUUACGACAGGGGAGGCCCCAGCGGUUACGACAGGGGAGGCCCCGGCGGUUACGACAGAGGCCCCGGCGGUUACGAUAGGGGUGGCCCCGGCGGUUACGAUAGGGGAGGUCCCGGCGGCUAUGAUCGGGGUGGUCCUGGCGGCUAUGAUCGGGUUGGUCCUGGCAGCUAUGAUCGGGGUGGUCCUGGCGGCUAUGAUCGGGGUGGUCCUGGAGGGUAUGAUAGGGGCGGCCCCGGUGGCUUCGAUCGGGGCCCGGGCGGUCGCUUCAGCGGCGCACCCCGGCCGGACGACAGGCACGGCCCCGGCCCGGACCGACCCAACUCGGCGGUGCAGCGGCUGCCCGACGGCCGGCCGCGGCUCAACCUGAAGCCGCGCUCGGUGCCGGCGGCAGAGAUCGGUAAGCCGGCGCCGGCGGCCGCCAACAGCAGCAUCUUCGGCGGCGCCCGGCCCGUCGACACGGCCGCCAGGGAGCGCGAGAUCGAGGAGCGGCUGCGGCGCGGCGAGCGCGGCGGCCGGCCGCGCGACCGGCUCAGCCCGCAGCGGCGGCCGCCCUCCGGCGACGACCGGCGGCCCGGCGGCCGGCAGGGCUCCGAAGACCGGCACGACGACCGCCGGCCGCCGGCGCGCCGCGGCUCGGGCGACGACCGAGGCCCCGGCCGCCAGCGGUCCGAGGACCGGCACGACGACCGGCGGCCCGUGGGUCGGCAGGGCUCCGAGGACAGACACGACAACCGGCGGCCCGUGAGUCGGCAGGUCUCAGCUGAGGACCGGCACGAGGAGCGCCGGCCGCCGCCGGGCCGUCAGUCCUCGGAGGACCGGCACGAGGAGCCGCGCCGCCGGGAGGAGCGCGGCCAGGACGGCGCCGGCGAGGAGGAGGAGCGCUCCUACAAGCAGCGCCGCGCAGAGGCCUACAGAGACAUCCGCCUAGAGGGCGCGCCGUCGCACAAGAAGCCCGAGUCCAAAAAGACGCCGGCCGACCCGGCACCGCCGUCUGACCGCCGAGACCAGGAGACCGAGCGGCCCGUCAACGGUACAGCUCUCCCAGAAAUGAGGCCGGCCCGGCUGCGGCCCGCCUCCGGAGGCGCCCCCGCCGGCGCGGGGGCCGGCCGACAUUAGUGUGCGGCCGCCGCGGCCGGCCGGGCCUCCGGCCCGGGGCCGCCGACCUCCGGGCCCCGCCGGCCCGUCUGUGGGCCGCGCGGGGCCCGGGCCCACCGACCGACCGCGCCUGAGCGUCCGCCUGCCCUGCGCCCGACGCGUCCGUGUCCGCACCGCCGCCUGCGCCCGCGCCACCGCCGCCGUCCCGUGAGUGUGCGCACAGCCGCCGCCGCCCGCUCGGAGCCCGCCCUGCGGCAGCCAGCGUUAGAGGCAGCGGUUAUUAUACCUAUACACGAGUCAGUGAAUGGUGCGAUGGUUCUGAACGGGAGCCGAUGGAGGGUUUGGACCGCGGUCCAUAGGCGGUGCCAUGACAGCGCCGGUGGUCGACAGGCCGCCGCUGUUUGUUGUUUGUCUCCGGUGUAGCGGAGGGCGGCGGUGAGCUGUGCGCGGCCCUGCACCGCGCCACCGCCCACUCGGGCGGCCGUCAGGGCUCGAGGCGAGGCUGUGCCAGUCAGGGAGGCGGCCGCCAGUCGGUCGGCCGCACGGCCACCGCCCUUCUCUUCUCGUAGUCGGUAGUCGGGCAUACUGCCAUGCUGUGUAGUGGAUUGUCUAUACAUAUAGUCGCGCGCCCCAUCGCUGUGUCAUCGGUAUAUUUAGCUGCAUCGCGAUUGCUAAUUAUUAGACGUUUGUUGGGCGAGUUUUGCUCGUCGAUAAUGCAUUAUGUAAUGCACGUUUUGUAUUUCACAUUUAAUUUUGGAGAAUACACAUCCGUCUUAAUGGGAAAA